AUGACCUUAGAGCCAUUGAAGCAUAAGAUUGAGAAUGAAGGUCGUAAAUGUAGAACAACAUCUGAUGCAAUUGAGAAGAUUAAAACUUGUAAAGUAUGUUUAGCACUGAACGCAACACAAAGACCACAUAAUGCCGAGACCUUAAGAAAAGCCAUAAGACCAUUAGAACGAAUACACAUGGAUACAUUAGGACCAAUACCUACCCAAACAUUUCGAUCAGGGAGUUAA